UCACAAUAAACAUGACUUACAAUUACAAAUAAACGUCAUAUCAAAUAGAUAUGGUUAAUUUAAAAUUAAUUAUUAUUUAUAAUACUAAUUGCGAUUGUUAAUUAAAACACUAGGGCUGUGUGUCAGUUAAUAUUUUAAUUAAUUUAUUAAAAUGUAGUCAUCUUCCGGUACUGUCAUCUGAUAAUGUGAUAUCGAUGAUUAGACGUAAUAAAAAAAAAUAUAUUAAAUAUAUAAAGUAUAUAUAUAAGUGUAUAUAUAUUUAUUGUUGAGCUAGUGGGUGAAGUGUAAUUGUAGUAAAAAAAAAAUAAUUAAUUGUAAAUGAAGUUUUGAUAGUAAAUAAUAGUUUGUGUAUUUAAAUGUGGGUGUGAUGGCGAAUUCACCGACAAGUAUUGAAAAUCAAAUAGACAGUUUUCUUGAACAAUUCAAGAGAAGCGCCUCCAGGGCAAUGGAAGAUAACGCCAGAGGGAGUUAUAACGCGAGCAGCAGCAUCAGUCGCAGCAGAAGUGGUAACCUCGACCUCGAGGUCUUUGAGGCCGAGGAUGUCGAAAGUAUGACCGGAGAGAUCGAAAACGGAGACCUAGCAGUCCGCGACGUAGCAGAUCUUCUUCAGCAUCAGUAUGCGAUUAUUACGGGAGGUAAAACAAGAGAAGGAUGUCCAAUAAUAACAUUUCCUGACAAUGGAAACUUUCACAAUCUUAGUGAUUUAGACUAUCAGCGUUUAAUGCUCUAUCUCACUUCAGUUCCCACAUUACAGGAAGCUGACUUGGGAUUUCAUUUGAUAAUCGAUCGCCGAACAGACAAGUGGAACUCUGUUAAAACUGUCCUAAUUAAAAUAUCUGCAUUUUUUCCUGGAUUAGUUCAUGUUGCCUAUGUGUUGCGGCCAGUUGGUUUUCUCCAAAAAGCCAUUUCUGAAGUAUCAAAUAAAUUAUUUCGUGAAGAUUUUAAAUUUCGCGUUAUUGUACUGGCUAAUGUGACUGAGCUGUAUGAUUUUAUUGACAAAGAUCAGCUGACAGAACAACUUGGCGGUGAUUUACCGUACUGUCAUACAACUUGGAUUCAAAAUAGAAUAAGUUUAGAAAAAUUUUCAUCCAUGACUCAAGACGUAUCACUUGCCUUAGACUCAUUUACACGUCGCCUAGCGGAAAUAGAAUUUCCCAAUAACACGAUAGCAACAACCCGGCUAUUGAAUCAGCAGCAAGCUGAGUACAAUGAACUUAAAGAGGAAAUUUUGAGCGCAGCACGACAUGGCGAAGCACUUUUAGAUAGUGUAAGACAAUUGACCGGUAAAAGUACUGCCGAUCGAUUAGGAAAUGUCGCUGCUGUUGAAAGAUUGUUAGUGCAAUUAGAAGAAACAGAACGUACAUUUGACCUUUUUUGGUCACAUCACAGUUCUCGUUUACGACAUUGUCUAGCUCUAAGGCAAUUCGAACAAGAUUUUCGUGAACUACAGGCAUCAUUAGAUCAACAUCUAAAAACCGUUGACGAUAUGACUGAAGUUGGAGAAACUCAAGUUCGGGUAGACCAACUUAUACGGGAUACAUCAACUUUCCAACGUAUAUGCCGGGGUGAUAUUGAUCGUGCUGAGGAAGUGAUUGCUGCUGGACAACAAUUAUUAUCAGGAAGACAUCAAUGUCCUACAGAAGUCGUAGAGCCAAAAUGCGCUGAAUUGCAACGAGUUUGUACUAUUUUGAGUCAAAGAUUGGAAAGGCGGUUGCAUACGCUCACUAAAUGCCGCGAACUUAUGGAACGUAUUGAUAAGGCUAAUGCGUGGUGUACACGAGGUAUUGAACUUCUCGCUUCACAAAACAGCGCAAUGCCAACGGAUCAGGCUCUUCAGGAACUAGAGCAGCUUGUUGAAGCCGCUGAAGAGUUCCAUAGUCCUCGAUGUAUUUUUCAAGAUUCUAUAAUGCCAGAAACUAAAGCAUUAGUUGCACAGGUCUUACAGAGAAUCGAAGAUGUAACAUUGAUGUGCGAGAAAAAAAUAAUUGUUUUGAAACAACAGUUGAUAAAACCCGCGAGACCGGUUCAAACGGUUACACCAGAGCCAGCAAAACCACUUCAAGCCUCACCACAAAUCAUAAAACCAGGAAGAGUUUUAAAAAAAGCCAAUACAAUGCCAAAGAUGGAAAUGGGUCCAAUAGAAGGUGGUGACUCAUCGUCACCAGAAAGCGAACCAAGAGACAUCGAAGCAAUGCGACUUAAACGCGGCCAUGUAUUAACAGAACUUGUCGAAACAGAACGUGUUUAUGUAGCAGAACUUGGAUCUAUAAUAAAAGGAUACAUAAUGGAAAUGACGAACGAAACAAUGAGUCAUUUAAUACCAAGUGCAUUGAUUGGAAAAUCGGAUGUACUGUUUGGUAAUCUCGAAGAAAUUUAUCAUUUUCACGGUGAAACAUUUUUACGUGACUUGGAAAAUUGUAUAUCAAAUACCGAAUUAGUAGCGCUGUGUUUUGUACAGCGAAGAGAUAUAUUUUUCCGACUGUACAGUUAUUAUUGUCAGAAUAUUACAAGAUCUGAGAGUUUGAGAGAGCAAAUACAAGGAGAGCCACAAUUUUUAGCAGCUUGUCAACAAAAACUGGGCCAUAAGUUACCGUUGGCUGCUUAUCUGUUGAAACCCGUGCAGCGUAUUACUAAAUAUCAAUUAUUAUUGAAAGAUUUACUUAAAUAUAGCGAUGAACCUGCUUGCUGUACAGAGCUACAAGAGGCAUUGGAUUGUAUGCUAAUUGUUUUGAAAUGUGUCAAUGAUAGCAUGCAUCAAACUGCAAUCAGUGGAUUUGGAGGAGAUUUGAACGCCCAAGGUGAACUUUUAUUGCAAGGAUCAUUUAGUGUUUGGAGCAGCAGUAAACGUGAACGUUUAUUACGACUAAAACCUUCUCAACGUCAUAUUUUUCUGUAUGAAAAAGCAAUGAUAUUUUGUAAACACAGUAAACCACAAGCUCAUAAUAAAGCAACUUAUCAUUUCAAACGUUUUCUUAAAAUGUCACAAAUCGGUUUAACUGAAUCGGUAAAAGGGGACACGAGAAGAUUUGAAAUAUGGUUACAAGGUCGUGCUGAAGUUCAUACGAUCCAAGCACCGAGUAAUGAAGUCAAACAAUCGUGGGUACGACAAAUAAAAGGUGUGUUGAUGUCACAACUUGCUGAAUUAAAAGGAAAACAAAAUAAUGCGUUAGCUAAAUCUAAUCACAAGCCAUUGAGACAAACAAUAUCAUGGGAGAUACAAAGUGUUUCUGGGUCAUUGCGUACACUUUCUGUUGACGGUAAUAGUGUGAUAUCACAUGUUACUGAUGUAUCACAAUCAACGGAAGAAGAUGUAGCUUGGAGUUCAGAAAAUAGUAACACUGAUGACGAAGAUGCAUUUUCGGAAAAUCCAGGACCAGCUCCAGGUGGACGAUACGUAGCAUUAGCUGAUUACUGUGCCGUUGGUCAAUCAGAAGUAACAAUGCGCGAAGGCGAUCACCUGGAAUUAUUAAAAGUUGGCUGUGCCGGUUGGUGGUUUGUUAAAUUAAUUGGCACUGGUAUUGAAGGUUGGGCGCCAGCAGCUUAUUUAGAGCCAGUUAGCCGCAAAACAUCCCGUAGUUCUCAGUCUGUUAAUAAUAGUCAAGAAGUUAUAUGAAAUCGGCGUUUAACACACUAAGUAAUACAUCGCAUGUAAUACAUUUACGUAUACAUACAGUGUAUUAUUUAGUGUGUUAAUUAUUAUUAUUACUAUCACUAUUAUAUUUUAUUAAGUUUCAUCAUUCAAAUUAAUUUAAUUUAACACAUUAAAUAAUACUUUAAUAUUAAUUGAUAUGUUAAAUUUCUCGUGUAAAAAAAUUCGUUACAAAAAUAUUUCUAAAAAAAAUCGGCAUUUGAAACUUCUAAACUUGAGACAGAUUAGAACUUUAAGUGGAACUUUUUUAUACUUUUGUAAUUUUGAUAGUAAAAAAAAAAUGUUUUUAAAACAUAUUUUUACUAAACUUUACGUUCGUUUCGAAAAAGUCGAAAAACCUCUAAUUUGAAACUUUUUAUCAACUUUUUUAGAUUCUUAUGGAGCUAGUGAUUUCUAAUGAAAAUUUUUUCGGAACGAGGAUAAAAUGUAGUAAAAAUACGUUUUGAGAUAAACUUUUGUUUUUUACUAUCAAAAUUACAAAAGUACUAAAAGAGUUUUAUUCUGUCACAAGUUUAGAAGUUUCGUAUAUCGAACUUUUUUUUGUAACGAAUUUUUUUUAACACGGGUUAUCAUGUGCAAUUAAUUUUUAUAUGGUUUAAUUAUGCCAAGAGCAAUUUCAAUCAAAUGAUAUUGUUUUAUUUUUAUUUAAAUAAAGAAAAGAGCUUUAAUGGACUGAUUAAAUGGCAAAUAACUUGUGAAUUGGAUGAUAAAUUUUUAAAUAUUAGGACAAUUUUUUUUGUUCGUAUUCGACUGAAUUAGCCAGUACAGUAUUUUAUUAUUAUUAAUUAUUAUUAUUUUCUAUAAGUAAUUAAAAUUACAUUAAUCAAGUUUUUUUUUUUACUAAUUUCGAGGCUAUUUAUUAACUGUAUAUAUAUAUAUUAAUAUAUAUAUAUAUAUAUAUUUUUUAAUAGAUUUUGAGUGUAGUGUAAUUAUGUAUUUACAAAAAAAAAAUUAACGUAUUGAUAAAUUGGACAUUAAUCUUGUUUACUUAUUUUUUUUUAAAUGUUAAAAUUAAUAUAGUAAUGAAUAUUUUUAAUUGCGGAAAACUAAUGGGUAAUGAGUAAGUAAUGUAGAGUAUUGAUAAGAAAAAUACUAAGGACGGAGAAUGUUUUAAUGCCAUGUUAGAUUUAUAAGCAGGUACAUUGUUAAAUAUUUAAAAAAAUUGCUGGAGCAAUGUAAUAUUUAAAUAAAACCCGGUAAUACAAACUAAAUAUAAUAGAAAGGAGGUAAAAAUAAAUAAAUAAUUAAUAUGAUAAUAAUGAUAUUUAUAAAAUUAUUCAAAACUGAAUCUAUAGGACGUAUGCGCAAUUAACAGACUUCCAAAUUGUAAACAGUUAACACCAAUUAUGCAAUAGUUUAUUAUUAAUAACUAUAGUUUAUAUAUUUAGUACUGAUUAACUUGCAUUGAUUAAUAAUUUAUAAACUGAUACAGUUAAAAAAAUAUUUCUGGUAAUAAAUACAUACAUUUAAUGUAUACAAUAAUUAUUAUCGAUAAAAGUUAAUUUUUUUUUCUAUGAAAUAAAAAAUUGAUACGCACAUAAAAAAAAAUUUAUUUUUAUUUUUAUCGUGUAAAAUUUUUAUUUAUACUAAAAGUGUCUAAGGGGGUGGCAUUGUAAUUUAUUAGAGAUAAAUUCGAUAUUUAGUUUUGUCAACUGUUAAUAUAAUUGCAAUUAAUGUCAAUUUUUUUUUAAUAGUCGGACUUUGUCAUAGGGUUACAAGUUUCUCUGUCAAACUAUCGCGAUACCUGAUUUAUAAAAAAGACAGCAAAUAGUCUUAUUACAGGGUUCGACUGUACAAAAUUUUUUUGAACGUUAAUUUGAUGUCUCUUAAUUUUUUUUUAUGGAACAAGUAUUCUAUGGAUUUUUUUUUGUAGAAUAUUUGAUACUAAUUGGAAAAAGUAUUUAACAAUUAGAAAAGAG